AUACAACACCCAAAGGUCUUGUUUUCAGUGUUCACAGAGAAAGAGGUCGUUCUCACCGCCGGCAAUGGCGAUCCCGAGGAACUCUCUUCUCGUCUUCGUGUUCGUCGCUUUGGUCUCCAUUGUCUCCGCUGAGGUCUACUUCGAGGAACGAUUUGAUGAUGGAUGGGACAGUCGAUGGGUAAAAUCGGAUUGGAAGAGGGAUGAGAACACGGCAGGAGAAUGGAACCACACUUCUGGCAAAUGGAAUGGUGAUGCCAAUGAUAAAGGUAUUCAAACCACCGAGGACUACCGGUUCUAUGCCAUUUCAGCAGAGUUCCCGGAGUUCAGCAACAAGGACAAGACCCUGGUUUUCCAGUUUUCAGUCAAGCAUGAACAGAAGCUUGAUUGUGGUGGUGGUUACAUGAAGCUUCUUAGUGGUGAUGUUGAUCAGAAAAAGUUUGGUGGUGAUACCCCAUAUAGCAUCAUGUUUGGACCUGAUAUCUGCGGUUACAGCACCAAGAAGGUUCAUGCCAUUCUCAAUCAUAAUGACACAAACCACCUGAUCAAAAAGGAUGUUACUUGCAUGACUGAUCAGCUAUCUCAUGUGUAUACUUUUAUCAUUCGUCCGGAUUCUACAUACUCCAUUCUCAUUGAUAACGAGGAGAAGCAAUCUGGAAACAUAACAUCUGAUUGGGAUAUUCUUCCUCCAAAGAAAAUUAAGGAUCCUGAGGCCAAGAAGCCCGAAGAUUGGGAAGACAAAGAGUACAUUACGGAUCCAGAGGACAAGAAACCAGAGGGUUAUGAUGAUAUCCCCAAGGAAAUUCCAGACCCUGAGGCUGUGAAGCCUGAGGAUUGGAAUGAUGAAGAAGAUGGUGAAUGGACUGCCCCGACCAUUCCCAACCCUGAAUACAAAGGACCCUGGACUCCAAAGAAAAUUAAGAACCCAAAUUACAAGGGCAAAUGGAAGGCACCAAUGAUUGACAACCCAGAGUACAAGGAAGUGCCAGACCUCUAUGUCUUCCCCAAGCUUAAAUAUGUUGGCAUUGAGUUGUGGCAAGUAAAAUCAGGAACUUUAUUUGACAAUGUAUUAGUCUGCGAUGAUCCUGAAUAUGCCAAGCAGCUGGCUGAAGAGACAUGGGGAAAGCAGAAAGAUGCUGAGAAGGCAGCAUUUGAUGAAGCUGAGAAAAAGAAAGAGGAGGAGGAGAAUUCUAAAGAUGAUGAUGAUGCCUCAGAUGAUGAAGGGGAUGAAACUGACGCUGAAUCUGAGACUGAUGAAAAAGAAGCGGAUGCUGAACCUGAAGAAGAGGCUGAGAAAGAAGAUGAUAAAAAACAUGAUGAGCUUUAAGAGAGCUUCUGAUGAAGAGCGCAGAAGUGCUAUUUUUGGCUUCUGACUUCGGUUACUUAUAGAGACAAUGAUUUGGGUUUUCAACUCGCCCUGUUUAGCAACCUUUUAGAUUUAUAUAUCUUGUUUUGGAACAACUGUUUGAAGUUCUGUCAUGGCUUCAUUUCAUCAUAGUGAAUUUUAGAAUUGAGUUUUCCUUCAUA